AUGAGGAACGAGGAACGAGGAGGAGGCGGAAGGAGAGCUGACGGGGGGAGGAGCAGGUUGCGGAUCGUUAUCAUAUCAUCGGAGCUAACUCCCUACUCAAAGUCCGGGGGGCUGGCUGACGUGGCCUCGAAGCUCUCGAUCUCGCUCAGUCAGAUGGGUCACCGGGUCAUGACGGUGGCCCCAGCCUACAAGUGGUACGAGGGGGCAGUAGGGACUGACGUCCGCCGAACCUUCACGCUGUACGGGGGGGGGCACGACGUACAUUAUCUCCACCAGUGGUGCCCCACGGACCCCAGGGAGGAUGGAGACCCCAAGAUGGGGGUGGAUCGGAUCUUCGUGCAGAACGCCAACGCGUUCGAGCGGGCUGGGAUGUACGGGGACCCCGGAGGGCACGACUACUUCGACAACUUGUUCCGGUUCGCGCUGUUCUCCUGGGCUGCGCUUGAAGGACGAGGGAAGAGGGAAAAAAGAGGAGGAGGAGGAGGAGGAGGAAAAGAUGAAGGAAGGAAGGAAGGAGGAAGAGGAGGUGAAGGGAGGACGAGGAGGAGGAGGAUGGAGAAAGAUGAGGAGGAGGAGGAGGAGGAGGGUAACAAGGCUUCAGGUCUAGCGGACAACUCCUAUUACGACAACUACAAGUGGGUAUUCCCACCGCAGGAGCGAGGAGACGGAGGCGUUGUGGACGACGGAGAAUGCGCGAAGUUGCUGCUGGGAGGGAUCAACAUGGCGGAUCGAGUCGUGACGGUCUCCCCGUCCUACAAGGAGGAGAUCAUGACGGAUGGAGGAGGAUGGGGCCUUCAGCAUAAUGUGCGCGCGCGCAGCGACCGACUGGACGGUAUCUUGAACGGCAUCGACACGGAGGAGUGGGACCCGGAGACCAGCAAGGCUCUUCCUGCUCAAUUCAGCAAGAGCGACUUAUCAGGCAAGGCGAUCUGCAAGGAGAAGCUGCAGGAGGCUCUCGGCCUGCAGAAGAACCCCAACGCUCCCAUCAUCGCCUUCAUUGGACGUCUAGCUCCGCAGAAGGGCAUCGACGUGCUGCAAGAGUGCUUUCACUGGCUCAUGGGAGGAGACGACCAGGGAGUCCUCGGAGACGCGCAACUCAUCAUGAUGGGGAAUGGGCAGGCGGAGUACGCAAACUUCAUGAGGGCGGCGGAAGGACAGUACAAGGGAAGGAUCUGUGGGUACGUGGGUUUCAGCUCGGAGAUGGAGCAGAGGAUUAUCGCUGGAGCUGACAUCCUCAUCAUGCCCUCCCGGUAUGAGCCCUGCGGCCUCCCGCAGAUGUACGCGCAGCGGUACGGGACGAUACCCGUGGUGCAUGCUACAGGAGGGCUCAAAGAUUCGGUUCAGCAGUUCGAGUGGCGGGAAGGAGGAGAGACGGUGGGGACGGGGUGGAAGUUUGGGAACUGCGACGCCAAUGGCCUGAAGUGGGGUCUUUGGAAUGCUCUAGAGAUCUACAAGAAGAAGCCGGAGGUCUGGGACAACCUGAGAAAACGAUGCAUGGAGCAAGACUUCAGCUGGAUCGCAAGCGCCAAGAAGUACAUCCAGCUCAUGGAGUGGGCCACCAUGGACCCUCCCAAGCACGAGCCCUGGCCCUUCCGGUGA